GAGUGGUGAGGUGCUGGAACAGCUGCCCAGAGAGGCUGUGAUGCCCCGUCCAUCCCUGGAGGUGUUCAAGGCCAGGUUGGAUGGGGCCCUGGGCAGCCUGGGCUGCUGUGAAAUGGGGAGGUUGGUGGCCCUGCAUGGCACAGGGGGGUUGGAGCUUCGUGAUCCUUGAGGCCUCUUCCAACCCUGGCCAUUCUGUGAUUCUGAUUCUGUGAUCUUGGAGAUGGGAACUCAAUCUGUCACAUCAAGAGUGCAGAAAAUGUUGUGCAGCUGAUGAAGUUAUGAAAACAGUCGAGGCUUUGUUUGAAUAGCUUUAGCAAAAGAAGGAAGCAGGGUUUGGGGCGGCUCUUUCUAAUGGCAGCCACCGGGGACCAGUGAUGAAGAAAAGCCCGGGAGGGCAAGAGCAUGGGAAAAAUGCUCCUGCAUUGCUCAUUUCCACUUGGUUCUGAUGGGAGCAGAGAGGACACAGAGCUGAAGAAACGCUGUGGGGCUGUUUUAUGGCGGAGGCUGAAGGGUUUGGUUUGCCUUACAGAGCAUCAAGCCCAGCAGUGGGGUUUCCACAGAGCUCUGAAGCUUGCUGUGUAUUCAGCUGGUGUUCGGUGCUGCAGGUAGGACUGGCCUGGCGGUGCUGCAGAGGAGCACGUCUGGGCCUCUGCCAUUCUCACCUGCAUGUUGUUAAUUCCUAGUAAUUAGAGGUGAGUUGUUGGGUGUCCAGGAGGCCUUGGAUUCUUGUCUGCAGGCUGUUUCUGUAGUUUCUGGGUAGGUGUGCUGGAAGUCCUCCGUGCCAAGUUUCAGCUCGGGAUAAAGGAUGGGAGAUUCUGCUCCUCAUGCUGUCCUUCUGUUUAUCCCAGACACCGGUGUUCCCUCUUUGCCUCACUUCAGUUUGAUGUUUUUGGCCCUAUGCUGUGUCUGGAGCUGCAGGCUGAGUGCUUCUGUGAAGCACAGGGUGCUGCCAGGGGCGUUGGCCUGCACAGCACAAAGGAAAUGUUGUCUUGCAGCAGUGUGGAUGCAAGCAGGACUUUGGAUUGAAUGCUGCCAGUUCUGUGGCCUUUCUCCUGCCUGCCAAAUUACUUAAACUCCUUGAAUCCUCCUCCUUCUACUCGCUCUUCUUUUUCCCCUCGCCCCAAGAAAGUGCAGUCUGAAGUAGGCUUUAAAUGCAGCAGGAAGAGAUGUCUGAUCUGUGGGCUGUGAUUCUGUGACUGGCUUUUCUACACAGAACUGCAAAGGGAGACUCCAAGCCCACUUGUGCUAAAAGCCUCAUCAAUGCAACAGUGUGUUUUCUGAGAUGGUGAGCCCACAGGUUGGCAGUGGGGACCCUGAGAUCUUGGGUCCAACAAUGUCAGAGUUUCUUUUUGAACACGUGGAUGCCUUGGGCAGUGCUGCAGAUAGAGCUGGUAUUUCAGGGAGGUUUUGACUGGAGUUCGGUGCUGUGCAGCUGGAAUGGCAUAUGGAUUCUAGAUGGGUUUGUGUGGUGAGUGUGUCUAUCAGCACCAGAGUCACUCCUUUAAUAAAUGGAGGUGGCACUGCACAGAUGAAAUGGGUGUUUGAGGAAGGUCCCCAAACAAGGCCAUCCUGUCUGCAAGAGGAUCCUUGACAUGCUUGGCACUGUCUCAGUUAUGCCAAAUGUUGCCAGCAAAUGUUGCUCCAGUCUGCUUGCCAAAGUGAGAGAGCCACUAAAUCUCUAUCAGAAGCUGUGCUUUGCUGCAGGUUUUCUCCUAACAGCCAUGCAGCAGAAUUGUUUCCUUAAUUUUCAUAGCACAGAAGUCUUUUGAAAUAAUCAGCUGAUAAAUAUUGGGGAUUUUUGGUGGCACUUUGCAUGCAGGCCUCUUUCUGCUGCAGCCAUCCGUUGUCACAGAAUCACAGCAUGGCCUGGGUUGCACAGGAGCACAGAGCUCAUCCAGCUCCAACCCCUGCUGUGUGCAGGUCGCCAACCAGCAGCCCAGGCUGCCCAGAGCCACAUCCAGCCUGGCCUUGAAUGCCUGCAGGGAUGGGGCAUCCACAGCCUCCUUGGGCAGCCUGUGCCAGUGCCUCACCACCCUCUGGCUGAAGAACUUCCUCCUCAUAUCCAACAUAAACCAUGGCAGAUGGUCUCUGCCAUCCCAUAACUUCACCUACAGCUGAGGAGUUCACUCUGCUUCUGCAGGGCUUUGGUUGCCUGAUGGAUCGUUGCUGGGAAAUGAGCAGAGUCGUGCUGUCAGGAAAGUAAGGCUUAGGUAAUAAAAUGGCAAACAUAAUUCAAUGUAGAUAAAUGUGAUGUGAUUCAGAGAGCUUGAAUGUGAAAUUGUGUGCAUCACUUCGUAUAUAAAAUGAUGGGCUGACCCUUAACACUGAAGAACAAAGUACUGCUGUGGGAGUCAGUCUCAGCAGUGAGCAAAAAGAAGAUCAAACGUGAAGAAGUAUUGGGAAGGAAAUAGAGGAUGAACCAGAACAUAAUUAUGGAACUGUAUAAAUCAGUGGCUCUCCCACAUUUUGGAUUCUUUGUGGCUUUUUCUUGUCGUUCAUCUCAAGAGAUACAAAAGAAUUGGAGGAACCUCAAAGAGAAGCAGUGAGGAUACUGGAGGGGAUGGAAUAGGUGCUGUGCAAGGGGGAGUGGAAUCGGCUCCAUCUCAGCACGGAGGAGGAACGGCUGGAAGAGAAUGGGAAGAAAUGGGAAGAACACACAGUAAUGAGCAGCACAGAGAGGGGCUGGGUGAGAACAGAUCUGCAGAACGAAGGAGCAUCACCUGAAAGUGACAGAGGUGCCUUGGAUGGUUGGAAGCACUGAGCUGUCAUUGCUGCUGUUCUUCCCUGCAGACGCUGCUGAAGAUGAAAUGGGGGCUGAGCUCAUUGUCCCACUGCCCACAGCAGUGCUGUUUUACCAUUAGCAAAUUGUGUCGAUUUAAAAACAGACCUUACUAAAACAGGUUCAGUUCCAUGUGAAAUAUUUGCAUUAUGUAGAUUGGAAUUCAGUGGGAGGCUUAUAAGCCUUUCUGCUGGGGCCGUCUUGCAACACUUCUCAUGAGGUGUUGAGAGGUCAGGAAUCAGGCACUUGUUAGAGGCUUUCCUUGUGCCUGCAUUCAAGACUGCUUGGCUGAAGUCAGUGAAAGCAAAUCGGAGCAUCCACCGACUUCAGUGUAUUUAAAACCCACGUUUGGUACUUCUGAAAAUAAGAUCUGAAUGGGGGUGUAAUCGUGUUUAAUUUUAGGGGCAUUGACUUCACCAACUUCUCCGAGUCCCAGUUUAGAAUAGAGCCUGGAUACCUGCUGGCAUUGCUGCAGAGGCUGCUUGUUUGGCACGAAUACCUGAAAUAUUUCUUCUUGGUGUUGUGACCCAUUUACACUGCGUUGCUCCCAUCUGAGAUGAGAUGGAGGCUGCAGUUCUGCUGUUUCCUGGCUCCUGUAUUGAGGGAGAGCAUUUGGGUGGCUGCUGUCCGUCUGCACCCCAGUGGUUGGGAUGGAACCAUUGGUGAGAAGCUCUGCCAGCUGGACAUCCCUUUGGGUUUGAAUGAGACAAAUGUCAAAUUCUUUAUUCUUUAUCGAACUCUUCCUCGAUGUACUUUAUUUUCAAGGAAUUUCACUUUAUUUUACCUUACUUUUCAGCAAAAUGUCUGGAACUGAUGAUUUUUCGUUGGCAGAUGCUUUGCCCGAUCAGUCUCCCGCUAAGACCCCCAAAGUGAGCGGCGCGAAGCCCGGCCAGCAGCCCUCCCAGCCGCCUCAGGGUUGGCCGCCCUCGAAUCCUUGGAACAACCCGAGCGCUCCCCCCGCCGGGCCCUCGGCGCUGCCGCCCAACACCUCCGCUUCCAGCGUGCCCUUCGGACCUCCUCCUACAGGAAUGUAUCCUUCAAUGCCCCCCGGACCGCCUGCUCCAUUUCCUCCUCCUCCUAGCGGACCCUCUUGCCCUCCUCCCGGAGGUCCGUAUCCGCCCCCAGCCGUGCCGGGCCCCGUCCCUCCUGGGCAGUAUCCUCCGCCAAACAUGCCCUUUCCAGAGCUUCCACGACCUUAUGGCGCUCCGACGGAGCCGGCUGCGCCUCCCGCUCCCGUCGGGCCGUGGGGAUCCAUGCCCUCUGCAGCAUGGGGACCGACGAUGGCGGGGCAGUAUCCCGCACCCAGCAUGCCGUAUCCCCCCCCAGGGCCGUACUCUGCUCCUGCCCAGACUCCGGGAGCGGCGCCGACGGUACCGUGGGGCACAGUCCCACCUGGAACGUGGGGACCUUCGCCGCCAGGUCCGUUUCCUCCACCCGCAGGAUCGUACCCGGCUCCAGGACUCUAUCCUACGCCCCCUAAUCCUUUUCAAGUGCCGUCUGGUCCUGCUGGUGCUCCGUCCAUGCCGGGCGGCCCCCAUCCUUACCGUUGAACACGUUCUGGGCAACAAAGUACUGUAGCUUUCCACCUUCAUCCACUACUUACAGAGAUUUUUACAGUUUUUGUUUCAGUAAUGUUUGGGGCUAUGAAGAAUACUUGCCUCUUGUAUGUGCAUUUGAGGUAUGAAGGAGCAAUUUAGCAAUUUGCAUAACAUUAACUUGCUCGUAUGUUGGCGUAAUUGUUUGGUUUAAUGAAACGAGCUACAGAGAGCAGAAGUAAAACUGAAAUCCGUGGUUCUUACUCUGGCCAAUAUUCCUUGGGAAAGUGAGAGCUGCCAAGUAAGGAUCCUAAAGAAUCAGGCACAAGGACUUGCGAAUCAGAAACAGCUUAAAUUUCCACGAAUGCUUUAAGUCUCGUUGCCGGACUCGUGCUGGUUGUUGAAUGGAUGGAUGGUCGUAUCUUGUCUAUUUUCAGGUUAUUCUAAAAUGUCAAUAAAAAGUAUUUCAAGAUUUUUUUUUUUUUGGUCAAGAAAUGUAAUUUUUGAACGUGCUGCAGUAAUGGAAACGACAGAGACGGAGCGCGUGAACUCGAAGGCUUUCUCAGCACUCUGUAAAUCCUGCACACAGUUAACGGCCCGGUCUGGGACUGCGGAGGAGGAGGAGGCGUGCGUUGAAAUGCUGGCUGUGAGCGGCCGGCGCCCUGCUGCUGUCUGUGCAGUGCAGAGCUGGAUGUUGCCGUUCCCUUUCACGGACCGCUGUGAGUUUCAUGCAUGCCCAUGAGGACUUCGCUUUGCCAGUUCUCGUUCUGUGGUGGUUGGAGGUUUGACUUGGUCUGUGUAAAGCAUUAACUCCCACGUAGGUAAAGUACUUCCCUAUAUCUAACCUGGGUUCUGGUUGUUUAAAUUUGACUUGUCUGCCGAGUUGUGUAAACUCAGCGGGUGUUUUCAGAGUCCCUAGAAACUGAACUUGAGCUUAAAAGGUGAAGAAAACCAGCCUGGCCAUUCCCUUCCCAGCAGGUUUUGGCGAGGCUUUUCUUUCUAUCUGCUCCAGCCAUUCCCUUGUGCCAUCCUUACUGCCACAGCUGGGGACGAGCAAACCUCACCGGGGCUCCACUGAACGUGGGAAUGGAGAGCAGCGCUCCGUUCCCGGCCAGGUGCCUGCAUACCUCACUGAGAGCGUAAUUUGGGAUGUUUAGAAGCUGUGUGCUGCUGUGUGGCUGCCCCUGCUCUGGAAGGGGCGCUGCAGGAAGCUUUAUAUUCUUGCCAUAUCUGUGCUGGGGUGACUGCUGGUGCGGCGUUACUGAGGCACAGCCACGCGUUGCUGAGGAGCUCUGGUGGCAUUUCAUAGCCUGGAUUUGAGCGUGGACGUUUCGCUUCUCCUCGGGUGGGGAUCUCCUAACUUAGCCUCUGUAGGUAGAAUUAGGAAUCAGUGUUGCUUAACGUGUAGCUCGUUAGGGAGUCUUCGUAUUGUGGAACUGUGAAAGCAAGUUAAUUCGCUUCCCGUACCUUGCCAUGGCUUCCUGCAUGCAUGUGAUGAACUUCAGAACAAGUGGGCUGAGCUGGCAGUGGUGCCUGUUGGCUGCGCCGGCCCAUGGCAGAGCACUGCGGUGUCCCUGCAGGGGAGAGCUGGGGCUCCUUGAGUCUGCCAUGAAAACUGAAGGUACGAGCAUCUCUUGUCUCAGUUACAGGAAGAUGGCACUGGAGCUGAAGAGAAAUGCGUAACACUUCAGCAUAAAUGCCAGCUCUGACCCUAGGAAUCAGAACCCAAAGUGUCAGUAUUACCUUAAGCAAACCCCUUGGCCCCCCGGGCAGCGCACUUCACUUAGAUCUUGGCGAGACCAAUUCCAAAUAAACACAGUAGAACACUGCCUACAUUUGCUCAAGUGCUUUUAAUUUCAAUACCUGCAGCCUUAGGUUAUAAACCAAUGUGAUGAACAACACCUGUCCCAAAGGAGCGGAUCGUGCAGCACCCUCCAGUUCCACAUUGCACUCUGUGUCUGUGCGGAAUGGGAAGAGGUAGGAAAGGAGAGGGCAGCAAACGUAGCAAGGAAUGACUGCUGGAAGGGGAUUUGUUUUGGUAACCAGGCUUCCAGGUUCUUCCUGAAGUAGGCAGGAUCAAUUACCGGAACGUUUAGGCUAAAAUUCAGUAUAUAUGGGAUGUUUUUUCAAUGUAUAUUCGUAUUUCUUGAGGUCAUGAGAACUGUUUCAUAACCCCUUUGUUUUUGUGAGCCAAGUUCUUUGCAUAGCAGUGAAAAAAAGGGUAUCCCUGUUAAUCUAUUGUGUAAAAACUCAAGUUGUCACUAUAUGCCGUGUAGUAACUUUAUCACAUGUUAUGUCAAGUGUGAGCAACUUCUGGCCUGAAGCUUUUGCAAUGGAAUUUGUCCAUUUCUAUGCAUCGUUUGAGUUAAAUUGCUGAGGAGUUCGUUUUGUGCUUUGAGGUUGACAUACUGCAUUUGUUUACAAUAUGAAAUAUAAGCAAUCACAUCUUUAAAGUAUAGAUUAUCACCUGCUGCUGUAUUUUCUUUAGAUGAAACAAAUAUUGCUGUAUGAUAGUGAGAAGCUAUAAAUACAGGAUUUGAUAUUUUUUUGAAGAUGCUGUCACUUUUGUAUAAGAUUAGACAUUAAACGUAUUUUCAAGAC